CUAUGUAAAGCGCUUUGAGUAACCGUAGAAACGCGCUAUAUAUCCACUCAAUUAUUAUUGUUUGUUACAAUUAUCACAGGACAACAAAUGCUUCUGAAUGUUGUGUACGUUUGUUGAAUAGCAUCCAAGCUUGCCUCCCAUUGGAUAGAAUUAGAGCAAUUGGUCAUCGAUUUUAGUGAUGUCAAGUACUGCUUUUUUUACGGUGGCAAUUAAUGAGAUUGGGUAAUGCAUUUUGUCAUUGGACUGGGCAUCAGCGUGUCGAAACAACUAGCAAGCUCAGGCUACUCGGGCACACCGACGACUAAGGAACGUGAAUACUUCUUUACAUUGGAAAAAGGGAUCAGAUGAAUGAGUCACUCCAUGGGGCUCUAGAGAGGAACGUUGUCCACCUCCGCCAGCCCCCGUCUCCCUCACCCUGUUCAGCCUCCCCUCUACAGACGUCAUCAAAUGAGCUCUAUCUGAAUGCCACUUUCUAUGGGUUUGGAUUCAGUACAGCAGCCAGCAGUGAAGAGAGCCAAUAUCUUACAAAGCCGCGUUUUGCCACGGAACCUUAUGAAUUGCUGUCAAAAGUGCCUCGAAAGAACUAAAGAAAAGCAGGAUUUUUCCUUCAUGUAUAGUGCUGCUGUUUUGAUAGUAGUCCUCUGAUUGACCAUAAAGGGAAGGACAGUUGCAUCAGAGCGGACAGGACCGUAAACUACAUUAAGGCUUUAGGGGUGCAGUCAUAACUUCUCUCUCUAUACGAGCUGACGACCAUGGUCCCCCAGAAGGCUGACUUGACUGUUUUGCCACGUCAGGAUGUGGUGGAGAUGCCAGUGAAGAAGCAGAGAGGUGAGAGGGACGAGGACAGUCCUGAUGGGUCUCUGGCUGAGGGUGCUGGGGAGGAACAUAUUCCCCUGCGCAAGUGGGUCAUGCAUGGUGCUGUCAUGUUCGGACGAGAGUUCUGCUACGCCAUGGAGACAGCCCUGGUCACACCAGUCUUACUGCAAAUAGGACUUCCAGGGCAGUACUACAGCCUGACGUGGUUUCUGAGCCCCAUCCUGGGCCUGAUCCUCACCCCUCUCAUUGGCUCAGCCAGCGACCGCUGCACCCUGAAAUGGGGCCGCAGGAGACCCUUCAUCCUGGCACUCUGUGUGGGGGUGUUACUGGGAGUUUCUCUCUUCCUCAAUGGGUCCCUCCUAGGAUUAGCCCUCGGGGACGUUCCCAGCAGUCAGCCCAUUGGGAUAGUGCUGACGGUGCUGGGUGUGGUUCUACUGGACUUCAGUGCAGACGCCUCAGAUGGGCCUAUCAGAGCCUACCUGUUGGAUGUAGCCGACACAGAGGAGCAGGACAUGGCCCUCAACAUACAUGCCUUCUCUGCAGGGCUGGGAGGAGCGGUUGGCUACGUGCUGGGUGGCCUGGACUGGACCAGCACCAUCCUAGGCACGGCCUUCAAGUCCCAGGAGCAGAUCCUGUUUGUGUUUGCUGCCGUCAUCUUCAGCAUAUCUGUGACUCUACACAUGUUCAGUAUCAAGGAGGAGAGUUUUGAGGCUUGUGGUGACACUCCGAGAGAGGGAGACUCCGACAGCCUCUCCUCCUCAGGGAAACUGAAGGAGGGCUUGGAGGGGCCUCGUAGUAUACCUCAGCUGGACGUUAUAGGAGAGGAGGACGCCCAGUCAGAGAGAGAGCUCUUCAUCAACGUGGACAGGGUGAGGAGUAAGAGCGACUCGGUGCUGGCCAUGCCUGACGCCACCAUCGAGCUGGACUCAGACCUGGACCAGGACGGUCAUUUCCUGGCCGACAUUGAGCCCUCCAUCUUUCAGGACUACCCCCAAGAUUUCUACCCUGGCACCCCUCAGAGACACUACAGUGGAUGGGGCAUCCAGGACCAGGAAGGCCCCCAGCCCGAGGCUCAGGCAGACAGCCAGCUGCCCCUCUUCCACCAGGACCCCUCCCCCUACUACAGCAGGGGGCACAUGUUGCUCAACAACCAGACCAACCAGGGAGCCAAGGGCCUCAACGGGGCCUCAGCGGCCACGGCCGUCCCCUCCAACCACACAGCCCGCGGGGCCAACAGCCAGGGCCGUAUGCCAGGCCUGAGGCCGUCCAGCACCACCGCCGGGGCACGCCGCUUCCCCCACACCUUCUACCGCCAGCCGUCAUUUACAUUCUCUUACUAUGGCCGCGUGGGUUCAGCACGAUACCGCCACCGCAGAAACACCAUGGGCAAUCCGGCCGGCGCCAACCUCCGCAUCAAGACCUCGCAGAGCAUGAACGACAUCUACGAGCACAUGCAGCGGCGGCAGCAGAGGAGGGAGCUCCAGCAGAGCAGCACCACGCUGUCCAGCGGUGACUCUGAGAGUGACGACGGGGACGAGGGGGGCACCACGGUCAAGCUGCUGUGGCUGUCCAUGCUGAAGAUGCCCCCCCAGCUGCUGAGGCUCUGCGUCUGUCAUCUCCUCACCUGGUUCUCCAUCAUCGCUGAGGCAGUCUUCUACACAGACUUCAUGGGACAGGUCAUCUAUGCUGGAGACCCCACAGCUCCUGCUAACUCCACUGAACUCCAGAACUACCAUAAAGGGGUUCAGAUGGGCUGCUGGGGACUGGUUGUCUAUGCUGCUACCGCUGCAGUCUGCUCAGCUGUGCUCCAGAAGUACCUGGACAACUACGACCUGAGCAUUAAGGUCAUCUACAUCCUGGGUACUCUGAGCUUCUCCCUGGGAACCGCCGUCAUGGCGAUCUUCUCUAACGUCUAUGUUGCCAUGGUGAUGAUCAGCACCAUGGGCAUCAUCUCCAUGAGUAUCUCCUACUGCCCCUAUGCUCUGCUGGGCCAGUACCAUGAGAACAAGCAGUACAUCCACAACAGUCCGGGGAAGUCGCGACGAGGCUUCGGCAUCGACUGUGCCAUACUGUCGUGCCAGGUGUACAUUGCCCAGAUCCUGGUGGCGUCUGCGCUGAGCACGGUGGUGGACGCGGUGGGCAGCGUGCGGGUCAUCCCAAUGAUGGCCUCUGGAGGCUCCUUCCUGGGCUUCCUCACCUCCACAUUCCUGGUCAUCUACCCAGACUCCUCCACUCCCACCACUACGCAGGACCAGGAUGGGUAUGGAGAGGAGGGGACUCCAGCCCUGGUGGCCCCAGAACCAGGCCCCAGUGGUAGCAGUAUGCAGGAGCCAGUAGUCCUGCUCAAAACAUCGCCCAAGGGCAGCAGCAGCAUGGCUAACUACGAGUCCACUAUUUAACAAAGAAGAAGAGGGGCAAGGAGAAAAUACUGGUGGCAUCUCAAUAGUCAUAAAGUGGCUUCCUCUCUUUGUCUCCUUUCUUUAAUCUGCACAGAUAUCUGGUGGAGAAAGACAGUGACCAAACCUUAACACUCACUAGUCACAUGACUUCCAGUGGGAUGGACUGUUCCAAUGAACACGUGCAUUUCUUGACAUAUGGCUGUUUUUCUUUUCCUCGUGGGGUUCAAAUGUUUGUGGUUUCACUGGGUGCAUCCCAAAUAGCACCCUACCCCCUUUUAUAGUUCACUUCUUUUGACCUGGGUCCAUAAGGGUCUGGUCAAAUGUAGUGCACUAAAUAGGGAAUAGGGUGCCAUUUGGGACUAAUUCACAGUUUGAAAGGUCUGCAGGAGGCAAUAUCAGACUGAGUAUCCACCUCAUACACAGGAUCUAAUGCUGGACUCUCUUUUUUUACACAUGGGAUCUAAUGCUGGACUCUUUUUCUUAAAUGUGACUUGGACUUUUCUUUAGAUGGUUAUUUAGACUGCACAUUAAUAUUGUCACUGCAUUUCUACAUUCAAAACAUGUUUUAUUGAUUUUAUUUUGUGAUUGUACAAAAUGGUUGGAGUGACCGAUCAACUUUUUUAGAUCAAACUUAGUUUCCCCACAGACAGAAUGCUAUAGGAGUCUCUGUUACUGUGACCUCACUAAAGAUGCUGCAGCCACAGAGGAUCCAGUUCAGAACAAUAUAGGAGUCGCUAUGUUACUGUGACCUCACUAAAGAUGCUGCAGCCACAGAGGAUCCAGUUUAGAACAAUAUAGGAGUCUCUGUUACUGUGACCUCACUAAAGAUGCUGCAGCCACAGAGGAUCCAGUUCAGAACAAUAUAGGAGUCUCUGUUACUGUGACCUCACUAAAGAUGCUACAGCCACAGAGGAUCCAGUUCAGAACAAUAUAGGAGUCUCUGUUACUGUGACCUCACUAAAGAUGCUACAGCCACAGAGGAUCCAGUUCAGAACAAUAUAGGAGUCUCUGUUACUGUGACCUCACUAAAGAUGCUACAGCCACAGAGGAUCCAGUUCAGAACAAUAUAGGAGUCGCUCUGUUACUGUGACCUCACUAAAGAUGCUGCAGCCACAGAGGAUCCAGUUCAGAACAAUAUAGGAGUCUCUGUUACUGUGACCUCACUAAAGAUGCUGCGGCCACAGAGGAUCAAGUUUAGAACAGUAUAGGAGUCUGUCUUACUGUGACCUUACUAAAGAUGCUGCAGCCACAGAGGAUCCAGUUCAGAACAAUAUAGGAGUCUCUGUUACUGUGACCUCACUAAAGAUGAUGCGGCCACAGAGGAUCAAGUUUAGAACAGUAUAGGAGUCUCUGUUACUGUGACCUCACUAAAGAUGAUGCGGCCACAGAGGAUCAAGUUUAGAACAGUAUAGGAGUCUGUCUUACUGUGACCUUACUAAAGAUGCUGCAGCCACAGAGGAUCCAGUUCAGAACAAUAUAGGAGUCUCUGUUACUGUGACCUCACUAAAGAUGCUGCGGCCACAGAGGAUCAAGUUUAGAACAGUAUAGGAGUCUGUCUUACUGUGACCUUACUAAAGAUGCUGCAGCCACAGAGGAUCCAGUUCAGGGUCAGUCAGUUACAUUCCCUGUUAUAAACACCCUCCACUAACUCCAUUUCUUCUGUCUAUUGACAUGUAUAUCAUGAAAACACUCAGGGCUAUUAUACAGCACAGACAAUAUGAUGUCCAGGUUACACCAAAAGUCCAAAAAAGCAUUCAGGACAUUCCUUUUUGUAGCUCAUAUUUGCCAUUUACUGGGUUGAGUGGCCUAUAGCCUACUGUUUACAUGACAGAGUUGGAUAAACGUUAUCAGCCUUAAGAUAAUCAAAUGCUGAAGUGAUGAUGCUUACACUAACACAUAUCAAUGUUUUUAAAAGGGAAAAUGUUGUAAACAUCGAUUAUAGUAUGCUGCAUGGAAGGAUACUAGAUUUCAUACGACGACUAGUAAUUAAAAAUGGUCUAUGACCAUAAGAUGCCUUUGGACCCAUCCAGCAUUGAAGAAACCCUACACUGUACUGUGCUACAGUAAGUAGCCCUCUGUUGUUCUGAACCACCUGUUCCACAGGGUAACGUACAAGAAAGGAUAUGGCUCUGUAUGUUUUUACAUUUAACAACUGCAAAAGCUGCACAAUAAACUUUAAGAACUUUAAGACA